CUGGACGUCGCAUCACAUAAACUUGCCAAUCGUAUGGAAUCUUUCUUUUUGUCGGAGACCACAAAGUACUUAUAUCUUCUCUUCGACGAGGAGAACUUUCUCAACGCGCUACCCGGUGACGGCCAUCCAUCACACCAUUAUCUAUCACCUUCCGGUGGUGUUUGCUCUCCGGAACUAGGUGGUUACAUUUUCAACACCGAAGCCCAUCCGAUAGACCCAGGUUCAAUACACUGUUGUCACGUUGCGAAUACACUUGAAAAAGUGACCGGGGGUCAUUUUCCCCCUUCGGAUUCAUCAGACCAACUCAUUCCGGCAGAAGAUAUUGAAGCAUUGAUAUCACACGAGGAGCAUAUGUCGCCCUUGACAGAUCUUCUCGGUCUAAUUGAUUCCGCCCAAGCACAACAGCUCUCUGUAGAUUCUACCAUUGUCACCUCAAGUUCAUUCGUCUCGCACACAGACCACCCUGCACCAGAUGUCACUGAACCUUGGUCGGAUCUCAAAGAUAUGGUUUUCAGCGUCAUGACAAAAUCACAUCAAGAUACACACUCUAAUCACACGGCGCCGUUCACUAUGUUUGAUGAUUUGGAUUCUAUUCAGCCUCCCUUAUUAACCUGUCCCUAUCCACCGUUUCACCGUCGAUACACUUUCUCCGGUCAAAUGAUUGUCCCAGUUGAUUAGAAACGUGAUACACGCAUCUGACUGUAUUGUCUGAGGUAACCUGUUCCACGUGCUGUGAUAGUUCGCUUUUUACUAUUUUACACGAUUUUGUACACUUCAUACAUGCGUUCAGCUUUCAACCGUGACUACACACUAGCUGCAUAGACUAUGAUACCAACAGGGUCAAAGGUGUGCCAUCGUCUAUUCAGACGAUUGGGGUCGUUCUCAUUUUCUGUCCCACUCUAAAUUCUCUUACUUUUGUUAAAUCCGUGACCACCCAGCGUGGGAAAGUAAUGUAUUGCGCAGUUGUCAUCAUUA